CGAAAGUCCAGUGUGACGCCAAUAAUGACUGUGAUCAGAUAUGUUACAUCGAUCCUAUUCAAGUCGGACAAGAAAAAUGUGCCUGCAAUAUUGGAUAUAGCCUUCGAGAAUCAGAUAUGAAGUCGUGCGAUGGUUAGUUUAUUGCAUACCACAUACCAACCCUCGAAAGUAUAUAUAGAAAUCCACUAAAGAGUUGAAGCCUACUAUGUUAUAUUUGAAAACCUUACUUUCUUGUACUUUUUAUUUUUUAUCUUUUUAAAAUCAUUUUUAAUUAUUUUUAAUUCAUUAUUUUAAUUAUUUUCUUAUAUUUGAUAUUUUUAAUUUACUAUUUUUAUUAUUUUUUAGAUUAUUUUUAUUUAUUUGUUGUUUCUUAUUUUAUAAUUAUUAUUUUAAAAUUUAUUUUUAUUUAGCCCUUGCUUCCAUAAUAAAUAUCACAGGUUUUAGACGACUGAAUAUAUAAUUGCAUUGUUCAGAAUAUGUACAGUACGUUCACUGAGUAAUGUUCAAUUAUCCCGUUUCGCUUCUUAGACAUAAAUGAGUGUCAAAGUACACAAGACAAUCUCUGUGAUCAAACAUGUACUAACACAGCAGGCAGUUACACUUGCUCAUGUUUGGAAGGAUAUUCAUUCACAAGUCCAUCUACUUGUACAGGUUUGUAUGCAAUAAUAUUCUUUCAUAUUAUGCCAUAAUAACUGAAGCGGACAUGUAACACAAAAAUUGUGUUAUUCAAGUUAUACAGAAGAGUUUCCAAAUGAAAGAUUAACUUCAUUUUGCUAUUAUUUUGCUAGUAUUUCUUUACAGUGCAUGUAACGCAACAAAAAAAUAAAGUCACUUGAGUAAUACAAAAGUAUCUGAAGAUUCAAUAAUCCACCACAUGCAUGUUGGUUGUCUAAAUACGCUUUUGAGUAUCUGAAGAUUUGAAAGAAAAAUAACAUCGAAAACUACAUGCUACCAAAUUACGUUUAGUUUCAAUGAGGUAACAUCAUGAUCUUCGCGGUUUAGUUAUAACCACUUCCUAUUUCUUAUUACUUGAACGUCCAAUUACCAAUCUGGAUCCAGUUUGGCGAAGGCUAAUAUCGCUAUCCUCAGGCUAGUAAUUUUUUCAACCGUUGUAUAUAAAGGGUUUAAAAAGCACUUUAAUGGGGAUAUCGCUAUAGAUAUUAUAACAGUUUAUGGCUUUUCCCAUUCCCCAUGUUUGAACACCGCGGAAAAACGUCUGCGCAUGGGCACAAAAAAGAUGGCGAGGAAUUUAAAUGCCAAAUUGUAAACAAAAACAUGGCUAUUUAAUUAUUUAAGUUAAUUGAAACAAAAAAAUACACUAGACGGGUAGUUUAUACUGUACAUUAAAAUAAAAAAAAUUACAUAAAAAUUAUCGUUUAAGACUGGGAGCCGUGUGAACACCAAACUUAAGCACAAAAGUUAAGAAAACUAUCGAAUAGUUAAGCAUCUGCACACGAUUUAAUUGACUACUUCUUGCACAUGUAGACUAUAAUUAUUUCUAGUGUUUAGGUUGUCACGUUCAUUAUUCAGCUUGAAUUUUCAUAGGAAAGGCAAAGCAUCGAAGUCGCUCCUUUGGAACACUUGACAUCACGUUCGCAUUACAGAUUUCAGUAAUGGUGACGCAUGCGGUGUUCCAUGUUUGUGUCUGUCAUCACCACUCCCAGAAACCCAUUGUAUAUAUAUUUAAAAAAUUUCUUUUAUACCUUCAGAUAUAAAUGAGUGUCUUACUGGUGACUUUGUUUGUAAUGGAGUAGGAGAGGAAUGUGAAAACAUUCCAGGAAGUUACAGAUGUGCAUGUUCUAAGAGGUUGAACAUGGUCAGAGUUAAUGGAACGUGUAUUUGUAAGUACAGGAAAAAAUCAACAGCAGGACAUGUCUGUAUUUUUCAAGAUUUUUGUGGGUGUUGACUAGUGAGUUCUAUAGUAGUCCGAAUAUGAAUAUUUGAGGAAAGAAUAUUAAUAUUUCGGAUGGAAACAUAAAUAUUCGUGCCGGGAACACUGCAAAAAAACAAUGAGUAUUUUGAGCUAAUAAAAGCUUGAGUAGACUAUAAAUAAAUACACCUAUAUCAUGACUAAAAAUGAGUAAAAUCACUCAUAUUUAUGUGGUAAAUUCACUCAUUUUUAUUUUUGUCAUGCAAGUGAAUCUUUAAUCUGAAGAUUGAGUAAAUUUUGCUUAUGAAUUUGAGCAAUACUGAAAAUUAUUAGUCACUGUUACUUUACUCACAUUUUUCAGCGAUUAUGAAUUUACUUAAUAAUAAUUUGUAGCGAAUAUUGUCACUAAUGCAGAUAGAAAUAUAGUAAAUAUUGAAUGCUAGUAAAAAAUAUCCGCUUCCAUGCACGCCCAAAGUAUGUAUGGUUAUAGCAUAGAUUUCAAGUCCGGGCAAUUUGAUCAAAUCUGAGGUGAAGCCAAGAAAAAUCCUAAUCUGUUAAAAUUCCUUGUUAAUUUUACAUAAUUCGUGUAAUUUCAGCUACUAUAUUACAUGGAGUCUCUUUUUAAAGUUUUCUCCCCAAUUUUUGCCCGACUUACGUUCAUAAUUUGCCCGACUUCAUAAUUUGCCCAACUUCUUCCGACACUAUGAAUGUAACUAUGCAAGCGAAAUUUAAGCUUUAAUAGAUACUUAUCAAUCAAUUAAAGCAAUAUGGUUGGGUAAUUUACUCAUGAAUUAUUAAUGAGUUUGAGAUGGUUACCUACGAACUAAAAGGGAAAUUCUUUCUCAUUUUUUAGUUAGGGAAGACGAAAGUAUUGUGGCUGAUUUAGCUCCAGCAGCACCAAGUGCUACCCAAGAACAAACAGAUAAUGCCAUUCAAAUAACGUUGGCUAACUUUCAGGAAGUAAACGUGAGUUUAUAAAUGUUUUUUCAAAAUCCACAUAUACGUCAAUCUUCAUUGCAUGUUUAAUAUACGGAAGAUAUAUAGUUGUUUGUUUCUUCAAUUUUCCCGAGAAUAACAUAUAAUUGGUUUAUUUCAAAUUCAAACACUGAUCUAAAAUUAGUAAGCUGCUAAUACAUUUUGCUUAUAGAUUUUUAUCAUGUUAGAAUGGAACGUAUAUAAGCACGUCAAGUCCUGUAUUAAUUUAAUCUCUAAGUAACUUAUGGGCCACCUAGUCUGGGAAGAAGAAAUGUAUUAAGCCACCGUCUCUAUAAAGUUUCCUUCACGCGACAAAGAAAAACAAAUUCAUCUAUAUUACUUUCCCCUUUCGUUUUUCCAUUCACACAUUAAAAAUGCUUGUUCAACACCAAAAAAUGGUGAUAGUACAAUAACUACUACGUAAUUUUCUGUGUUUGAAUAAAAUUGCCAUCAUAUUUAUUCUGAUCUCGUUAAACUUUUUUGGCUAAAUCGAUACCCCUCACUUUCCAUAAAACCCUUUCUCCAAUAAAAGUUAAAGGAUCUUGUUGACGGAAAAUAUCGAGUGGAAAUGUAUAUACAUUUAUUAGACCUAAGCAGAAACAGCCGUGAAGAAUGCUGGGUUCCUGCCAGAAAUCCAACCUGCGGCGUAGCGAUUACGGCCUAGCGCUCUAACUAACUGAGCUACAGAGGCCAGUUAUCGAUUUCUAACCAAACGUUCAUGUAUGUAUAAUUAUAGGGUAUUGCCAUGGUUAGGUUAUGGGUAAAUUUGAAGAUUUUGUUGGCAUCUAACUAUAGAUUCAACAAUAUCUAAAAAGGGUCUCGAAGAACAGAAUAAGUCCUGAAAGUCUAAAUAUAUAAAAGGCCUGAUCUCGUAAAACUUUUUGACCAAAUUAAUACCCCUCACUUUCCAUAAAACCCUUUCUCCAAUAAGAGUUGAAGGAUCAAGUUGGAAAUUAUCGCGUGGAAAUUUAUAUACAUUAUAUACAUUUGCUGACCUAACCUGGAAUAGCUGCGAAUAAUGCAACUAUUGGUCCCUGGCAGGAAUCGAAUCUGCUAUUUCCUGCACCGUAAUCGCACGGCCGCAGGUCGUUUUGUGCCAGGAACCUAUAUAUAGUUGCCUUUUUGGGAGCUGAUCCUGGUUAGGUCUAAAAAUGUCUAUAAAUUCACACUCCAUAAUUUCCAUGAACAAGACCCUUCAACACUUAUUGAAUCGAGUGAGAUGCCAACAAAAGCUUGAUAUUUACCCCGAAAAUAGCAGCUCCCAGUGCUUAAAUAAUUCAACCAACACUAAAACACAAAGUUUACAUAAUAAACUUCUUCCGUUCUCGCAUUUGUUUAGUACACCGUGGAGGCUAAUGUGCUGUUUAAAGAUUCAGUGGUUAAAUUACUCAAUAACUUUUGUAACGAAAACACACUCAGACCUCAAGAUUGUGGGGUGGAACAGUAA